ACUUCACGUCACAUGAACUUAUUUAAUAUGCACCCACCUCUGGUCACUUCACCUAGCAAAUACGGAAUCAUCUCUGCCUACUCGCUCAAAAUUCCCAACUUUGUUGCAUAUUUGAUCAGCUUCUCUCUUGCUCCCUCUCUCUCAUCUCAUCAUAAAUUGUAUCGCGGCUUCAGACUGAAGGAAACCAAUGGCCAGACCUGGGAUCUUGCUAAAAUCGGCCGCCCUUCUUGAUCAGAUGAAAGCUCAUCUCGCCACCGACGCCGGCAAAGACCUCACCAAGAAGAUUGGCCUCGUCUAUCAGCUCAACAUCGCCCCUAAGAAGAAGAUUGGAGUCGACGAAGUGAUCUACGUUGUCGACCUCAGGGAAGGCAAAGUCACCCAAGGCGCUUUUGAGGGGAAACCCGACGCCACUUUCUCCUUCAAGGACGACGAUUUUCUCGCUAUCGCCAGUGGGAAAAUGAACCCUCAGAUUGCAUUCAUAAGGGGAGCUAUGAAGAUUAAAGGAAGUUUGAGUGCUGCUCAAAAGUUCACUCCUGAUAUUUUUCCUAAGCCCUCAAAGCUUUGAGCUACUAUGGAUCUAUAUUGCUCAAAGCAACAUGCCAGGCACCUACUUUCAUGAUAGCAAUUCAUUUUCAUACACAGAGAAGUUUUCCCACUUCCUCCUACUCUGAUGUUACCUAUCUGCUCAUCAGUACCGUUGCUUACUGUUCUCUGCUUCGUUUCAUGAUAGCUCUGUUUUUACAUCUUCUACUCUUACUUCUUUACCUGCAAUAUUCUUUGUUUACUUCACCUUAUUCUAUUGUUCUACAUUGUCUCUUGAAAUGAAUACUUAUCCUCUCU